GCAAUGAUUAUGGAAAUGAAUAUGCAUUCUUUUGUUAUGUCUAGAGUGGACUUCUGUAAUACACUGUAUACUGGAAUUAGUUAAUCAUCAAUGUCUGCUUUCCAGUCACUCUUCAUCCAGUCAUGUUGUGGCUGAAGCUUAUUUUGAAAGGGGGCCAUACACAAAUCUAACCAAUUACUAAGAAUGACUAACACAACAAUUAUUAUCCAACUAUUAUCUGAUUCUCCCACGAAUUACUGAAUACUGAAUAAGUCUGGUAACUUAUACAGUUUGCUUUUUGGCCAGCUUUCCUUUUAGUCUGGUAUUAGACUAGACUUUAUUAAGAUAGCAUCUCCACUUCAGUCUUAGUGACUAAAGUACAAACCUUCUUUGUGGUACAAACCCCAGUGAUACCUGAUUACUAAGUACAACAAACUAAACUCCUGAAUCUUACUUCCUAUAAUAUGUAAAUCAAGAGAAAACAGUGUUUUUAAAAAAAGAAAAAGAAGGAAAGAAGCAGUUCAGCCUUUAUAUAUGAUAACAAAUUUAUGUAUUUACACGAUAGAACACUGAAUACAAACCACACUAAGAAACACUGGGCCUAAAGAGACUUCUCCUCUAUAACAGAAAGAGUAUAGCAGGGUUUGGAGGUCUGGGCCAAGUUGCUGUCAGGAGAGUAAUAUAGAAACCCGAACUUUUAAACAGCAGGAUGUCAUGGAGGAGCCAAUCAGCAGCAAACACAUCGAUAGGCAAGCCUGCAGAAGGAUCUUCAAAGAUCCUCAAAUUGAAAGAUGUCCCACUAUUACAAAAGAUUUGGAUAAAAACCGCAAUAAAGGACACACACUAUGUCACAUAUGACCCAGAUGCAACAAUGCAAAGAUGUACAGAUUUGAGAAACUGAGUCUUCCCAUCAUGUGGGUUCUAAUAAGAAGCACCUCUUUUACUCAUUCCAAUAUUUGAAGAGAAGGGUUAAAGUCCCUCCUCUGGCAUAUUGUUUAACUGAUUGCACAACAAGAGUUCAGGUCAUGGGAGCUUACACACCGUUUAACGCCCAACACCGGCUAAACAGGACCGACAAGCAUAUAACUGAAGAAGGUGAGAACAACUGACAUGUCUUUCAAACUUGUAACAAUGGCCUAUUUUUGUGCAUAUAGUGUACAGCUUACAAUGUUACUACUUUUGAGGUAGUUGAUUAUGGAAGACAGAAGAAGAAACAUAAAAAUGUGCAUGCAGUCUUUACGUGUUGGUCUGUGCAUGAAACAUGUCUGACUCACAGUGUCUUUCCAUACCCAAGUGUUCAGUAAUGGUUCGACGUGUGGCAGUAGUUGGAGCAGGCAGUUCUGGUUUGGCCUGUAUCAAGAUCUGUGUGGAUGAGGGGCUCGAGCCUGUCUGCUUUGAAAGCAGUGAUGACAUUGGAGGCUUGUGGAAUUUUAGAGAGACACCUGAGCCAGAUCGAACCAGCAUCUACCGGUCCUUGGUGGUCAAUACCUCCAAAGAAAUGAUGUGCUUCAGUGAUUUUCCAAUGCCGUCUGACUAUCCCAACUUCAUGCAUAACUCACAGCUUCUGCAGUACUUCAGGCUCUAUGCUGAACACUUUGACCUGCUUAGAUACAUUAACUUUCAGACCACAGUGAGGAGUGUUUUGCAAAGGCCGGAUUUCUCUCUAUCCGGCCAAUGGGAAGUAGUGACCAUAAACAAGAACGGACAGGAAGAGAGGCACAUCUUUGAUGCCGUUCUGGUGUGCUCAGGUCACUACACCCAUCCAACAUUACCAUUGUCUGACUUUCAAGGGCAUGAAACCUUUUCUGGCAGGUGUCUUCACAGCUGGGAAUAUAAAGAUGCAGAUGCCUUCACAGGAAAAAGGGUGGUGGUGGUCGGCAUUGGCAAUUCUGGAGGUGAUAUUGCUGUGGAGAUUAGCAGAUCGGCCGAGAAGACCUUUCUCAGUACACGUCAAGGGGCCUGGGUGAUGGGCAGGAUGUCCACCAAUGGCGUUCCUCUCGACAUGACAGUAAUCAAACGGAUCAACAAUGUCUUCUUCCAAUUGCUCCCCAAGACUUUGGUCAACUGGGCAGCAGAGAGAGCACUGAACAAUAAAUAUGGCCACAUAUUGUAUGGUCUAAAACCCAAACACAGACUUAUGGAGAGAAAGCUUAUGAUCAAUGACGAUCUCCCAGGCCGAAUCCUUCAGGGGGCAAUAGUCAUGAAGCACAAUCUGGAAGGGUUCAAGGACUCUAGAGUUGUAUUUGAAGAUGGCACGGUGGAGGAGAACAUUGACGCCGUGGUAUUUUGCACAGGUUACAUUGGAAAGUUCCCAUUCCUACCAUCAACUCUGUCAGAGGGACCAUAUGAAGAGGUGACACUGUACAAGAGAGCGUUUCCUCCAUCCCUGCAACCUCCCACACUGGCCGUCAUGGGACUUUUCCAAGUAAAAGGUCCAAUCAUGCCUACAGUGGAAAUGCAGGCUCGCUGGGCUGUUAAGGUCUUUUUAGGUCAGAGUCGUCUUCCAACCAAAGAGAAAAUGCUGGAUGUCAUUGAGUCUGAGAGGAGGAGAAACAUGCAAAGCUAUCCCUGUCCACGGCAGGCUGUUCUACAGGUUGAUUACAUCCCAUAUCUGGAUUUUAUGGCUGGGGAAGUAGGUGUUCGACCAAAACUCCUGAGGCUUUUUCUGAGAGACCCUGUGCUCUGGGCAAAGGUCUUCUUUGGUCCCUGCACACCUUAUCAAUAUCGUCUUAGUGGGCCUGGAAAUUGGUCUGGUGCCAGACAAGCUAUCUUCACUCAGUGGGAGCGGGUUUCUCAACCGUUCAGAACCAGAGAAAUACCAGACAACACCAGUAAAUUUGGCUUGUGUUCUCCGCUGAUGCUCACAUUCACAGGAACUGUAAUUAUAGUCGUGCUUUUUUCUAAAGGCAAGAUUGUUACGACCCUGGAAGCUGCUACUGAGAUGCUGACCAAAAGCACAGUUUUUCUGAGGGAGUUGUGGUUCAGCUUACCACAGAAUCCUGAUAUGUAAUGUAUUAAUAGACUUAAUUAACAUAACAACAAUUUUAACAACAAAAUUAUUUAACAUGGAUUAAAGAGGAAAGAAAACAGGUCUGUGAAUAACAGAAAAUCAGUUUGUUUGUUUUUUUCAUUUCUGUGUAUUCAUUUCCUGCUGGCCUGCAGGGAAAGAGGAGAUAAAUUGGGAGUCUCCUUUUCUUGUCGUAGUGUAAAAAUCAUGUGCUGCAAUUAUGUAAUAUUAUACAGUUGUAAAGGUACCUACCAGUUCCAAAGGUCUGCAUAAUCUUCACACUGAGGCCUGAGGAUGAUAACAGUGUGUGCCAUUUAAAAUAUGUGAAAAUGCACAAAUGCACCAUUUUCUACCUGCAGUUCUUCUUGUCUAACACUCAUGGAAAAAAGCAAAUAAAGACAUUGCCUAA